AUGUUUUUUUUCUUCAUGUAUUUAUUUCUGUAUGUGAUUUAUUUUUUUCGAUUUCUUAGUUUUUUUUUUCUUUCUUACUUUCCUUUGUCUUCUCUAUUUUUUCUCUUGCUUUCCUUGUUAGUUUUUUUUUCUUCUCAUCUAUUUUCUUUUAUGUUUUUUUUUAUUUAUACUUACUUGUUUCAUCUUAUUUUUUCGUUUCUUUUUUUUAUUUGGCUGCUAUUUUUCUUUCGUUUUUUCUGUUCUUUUUCUUUCUUGCCUUCUAUUUUUCUUUUCCUUUGUUAUGCCAUCGGUUUCUUUCUUUCUUCUUUUGUAGUAUCUAUUUUCUUUUUUAUCUUUAUUUAUCAUUUAGUUUUCUAUAUUUUUCUUAUUUUUCUUCUUCUUCUCAUCUUCGUUUCUUCUUCUUCUUCUUCUUCUUCUUCUUCUUCUUCUUAUUAUUAUUAUUAUUUCUCCGAGCUGAUUGUCAGCCUGUAA